UGCUAUUGGUGUUUUAUUCAACUGAUAAAUCCAGAAUUAUUUACCCCUGCGAUGCCCUUAAUCCUUCCUGUUCGGAUGUCUCCACGCAGUUCGGAUCAGAGAUGGUGCGCAGAGUGCGUUGCCCGUGCCUUUUAUGCGGUUGUGUGCAGUCCUAAAGUUGCCAAGGAAGAAUUAUGCUGAAGAAAAACCCAGAGAUGACGAAGCGUCUUCAGCUGACACUGGUGAUGUGCUUGCAGAUGGUGGUGUGCAGGACUGAGCAGGGAGGCUUGGUGCAGGGCAUGAUGGAGUGGAGCCAGCUGCGCGAGCAGAGCAGGGCACCAGCGUCCAGCCAUGAGGCCCCUCCAGCAGCCCUGAAGCCCAGCUCGCUGCGGCUCUUCGCCCAUCCCCCCUCUUCCUCCUCCUCCUCCUCCUCCUCUCACAAGCACCCCAUCGCCGGCCCUGCCCAUCCAGACGAGAGCCCGCAGGACAUGCUGGACACGUGGGCGUGGCUGUCCAACCUGACGGGGAUCAUGGGAGCCGACGACGAGGAGGCCAUCCUGGCGCGCUCCAAGCGCCGACCCAUCAUCAAGACGGGCAAGUUCAAGAAGAUGUUUGGCUGGGGCGACUUCCACUCCAACAUCAAGACGGUGAAGCUCAACCUGCUCAUCACCGGGAAGAUCGUUGACCACGGCAACGGAACCUUCAGCGUCUACUUCCGCCACAACUCCACCGGGCUGGGCAACGUGUCGGUGAGCCUGGUGCCGCCCAACAAGGCCGUGGAGUUCCAGGACGAGAGCCAGCUGAGGGAGAUGGCCGCCAUCGCCGCGGCGACCGGAGCCGCCAACGGCAACGCAGCCACGCUGGAGACACAGGACACCUUGGCCAGGGGCUUCAACUGCCGCAUCGAGUACGAGAAGACGGACCGCAGCAAGCGCACAUCGCUCUGCGGCGCCGACCCCUCGCGCGUCUGCUACCAGGAGCAGACGCAGAGCCACCUGUCCUGGCUCUGCUCCAAGCCCUUCAAGGUCAUCUGCAUCUACAUCGACUUCUCCAGCCAAGACUACCGCCUGGUGCAGAAGGUCUGCCCGGACUACAACUACCACAGCGACAUGCCCUACACCUCCAUGGGGUAACCAGCGCCCCUCCCUUCCUAUACAUGGGGUAGCUCGUUCCUCUAUCCCCAUUCCAAAAACUCCCUAAAUCCUGUCUAUCGAUUUUCCAGCCAAAACUAUCGCCUGGUGCAGAAGGUCUGCCCAGACUACAACUACCACAGCGACAUGCCCUACACCUCCAUGGGGUAGUUAUUGCUCUGUCUAUUGCCCUGGAAGAGCACCCUAGCCCCAUUCCAAAACCCCAACUCCCUAACUGUAGUUCUCCAGCUGAGGCUACCGCCUCAAGCAGAAGGUCUGCCUGGACUACCAUUACCACAGUGACA